UGGACUCUAAGUUAUCCUUCUAUCUUGACCUCAAAAAGUGCUGGGAUUACAGGCAUGAGCCACUGUGCCCAGCCUAUACAAUUCUACUUUCAUCCUCUGCUCCCAGGUCUUGUUACUCCCAAACUAAGCACAUGGUGAUGGUUUUGAGCUGAGCUGAUGGUUGGAGUUGCUCACAUCAUACCCACUUCAUUUUCCCUUCUUUGUGGAGCGGAGGUCUGGGCUGGGACUCAGCAUUUGGAGCUUGGUGGGGAGUGGGAGACAAUGGGGACAGCAUUGCAGCUUUAGGCAUUUGCAAUGCCUGAGCAUGAAAUUGUCCGGAGUGUAAAUGUGCCCUGAGGGACCCUGAAACUGAAGGUGAAGGAGGCAAGAGGAGGAGCAGGUGCUUAGGUGUAGAGCCCAGAAUCACUGCUUGGGGCCUGGCCAAGGGCGUGCAGGGGCCAAAUCAGAGGCCACAGGGCAGAUGGGUGGGAUGGGGAGUAUUUACUCCCUGGGAGGCAAACAGACAAAUGAUCCUUCUAGCUAAGGUGGGACUGAACCCAGGGCUCAAAGUCAGCCCUUAAUCCAGACUUGUCAAACUCCUUGGAGUUAUUCCUUAAGUAGAAGAAUUUCGUGUUUAGUUCAGCUCAACUAAUGUUUAUUGAGGAAGUACCUAUAGUGUCCCAGCAGGUGUGAGGAAUACGAAGUCCAGCAAGAUACGACCCUGCGCAAGCUCAGGUUCUACAACCUUGGCUUUACCUGCGCCUCCUCCUCCCUUCUGGCAACUUUGAAUGAUUGGGUGGAGGCGCUGAGGGUGGUGCCUCUUAAGUGCACGUGGCAGCACAUUAGCUUCUUGGCACCCCAGCACUUGGUCUAGAAUUGGGGCCUGGCAGAUCUGCAGAGCAGCACAGACUGGGAAUUGGCAAACACACCUGCUCAUGGAGUCGGACUCUGAUCCUGCUGUGGGAAGAGAGAGGUUUCUGAGCUUUGGCACCUGGAACUGAUUCUCAGCCCCCUCUGUGAUGGUCACGUGCCUGGAGGAGCUGAUGCAGGAGGGCCUGUGGGGUGCAGGAACAUGGCAACCGGUGUGUUUCUCAUCCCGGAAGGAGAAGACUUUAGCCACUGUGAUGCCUGAGAAUCCAGUGUGACGUGUCUCCAGGUACUUCAUGCUGUCUGCCUCUGUCCUCGCCACACCACUGGUGCGCACGACUCCUGAACCAUGGGGGAGAACGAGGACGAGAAGCAGGCCCAGGCGGGGCAGGUUUUUGAGAACUUUGUCCAGGCGUCCACGUGCAAAGGUACCCUCCAGGCCUUCAACAUCCUCACACGACAGCUGGACCUAGACCCUCUGGACCACAGAAACUUUUAUUCCAAGCUCAAGUCUAAGGUGACCACCUGGAAAGCCAAAGCCCUGUGGUACAAACUGGAUAAGCGUGGUUCCCACAAAGAGUAUAAGCGAGGGAAGUCGUGCACGAACACCAGGUGUCUCAUCGUUGGGGGAGGACCCUGUGGCUUGCGCACUGCCAUUGAACUUGCCUAUCUGGGAGCCAAAGUGGUCGUGGUGGAGAAGAGGGACACCUUCUCCAGGAACAAUGUGCUACACCUCUGGCCUUUCACCAUCCACGACCUUCGGGGCCUGGGAGCCAAGAAGUUCUAUGGGAAGUUCUGUGCUGGCUCCAUCGACCAUAUCAGUAUUCGCCAACUACAGCUCAUUCUAUUCAAGGUGGCCCUGAUGCUGGGAGUUGAAAUCCAUGUGAAUGUGGAGUUUGUGAAGGUUCUAGAGCCUCCUGAAGAUCAAGAAAAUCAAAAAAUUGGCUGGCGGGCAGAAUUUCUCCCUGCAGACCACUCUCUGUCGGAGUUUGAGUUUGACGUCAUCAUUGGUGCCGACGGCCGCAGGAACACCCUGGAAGGGUUCAGAAGAAAAGAAUUCCGUGGGAAGCUGGCGAUUGCCAUCACCGCCAACUUCAUAAACAGAAACAGCACAGCGGAGGCCAAGGUGGAAGAGAUUAGCGGUGUGGCUUUCAUCUUCAAUCAGAAAUUUUUUCAGGACCUUAAAGAAGAAACAGGCAUAGAUCUUGAGAACAUUGUUUACUACAAGGACUGCACCCACUAUUUUGUCAUGACAGCCAAGAAGCAGAGCCUGCUGGACAAAGGUGUCAUCAUUAAUGACUACAUCGACACAGAGAUGCUGCUGUGUGCGGAGAACGUGAACCAGGACAACCUGCUCUCCUAUGCUCGGGAAGCUGCAGACUUUGCCACCAACUACCAGCUGCCAUCCUUAGACUUUGCCAUGAACCACUAUGGGCAGCCCGAUGUGGCGAUGUUUGACUUCACCUCCAUGUAUGCCUCAGAGAAUGCGGCCCUGGUGCGGGAGCGGCAGGCACACCAGCUGCUCGUGGCCCUCGUGGGUGACAGCUUGCUUGAGCCAUUUUGGCCCAUGGGUACCGGCUGUGCCCGUGGCUUCCUGGCAGCCUUUGACACGGCAUGGAUGGUGAAGAACUGGAACCAGGGCACCCCUCCCCUGGAGCUGCUGGCUGAAAGGGAAAGUCUCUACCGGCUGUUACCUCAGACAACCCCAGAGAACAUCAACAAGAACUUUGAGCAGUACACGUUGGACCCAGGGACGCGGUACCCAAACCUUAACUCACACUGUGUCCGGCCCCAUCAGGUGAAGCAUUUGUACAUCACUAAGGAGCUGGACCGCUACCCUCUCGAGAGACUGGGCUCAGUGAGGAGAUCUGUCAGCCUCUCCAGGAGGGAGUCAGAUAUCCGGCCCAGCAAGCUCCUAACCUGGUGCCAGCAGCAGACAGAGGGCUACCAGCAUGUCAACGUCACUGACCUGACCACAUCCUGGCGCAGCGGCUUGGCCCUGUGUGCCAUCAUCCACCGCUUCCGGCCUGAGCUCAUCAACUUUGACUCUUUGAAUGAAGAUGAUGCUGUGGAGAACAACCAGCUCGCAUUCGAUGUGGCCGAGCGAGAGUUUGGGAUCCCUCCAGUGACCACGGGCAAAGAGAUGGCAUCUGCCCAGGAACCUGACAAGCUCAGCAUGGUCAUGUACCUCUCCAAGUUCUACGAGCUCUUCCGGGGCACCCCGCUGAGGCCCAUGGAUUCUUGGCGCAAAAAUUAUGGAGAAAAUGCUGACCUCAGCUUGGCCAAAUCAUCCAUUUCUAAUAACUAUCUCAACCUCACAUUUCCAAGGAAGAGGACUCCACGAGUGGAUGGUCAAACCGGAGAGAACGACAUGAACAAACGGAGGCGGAAGGGCUUCAAUAACCUCGACGAGCCUUCAAACUUUUCCAGCCGUAGCUUGGGCUCCAAUCAAGAGUGUGGGAGCAGUAAAGAAGGUGGAAAUCAGAACAAAGUCAAGUCCAUGGCGAAUCAGCUGCUGGCCAAGUUUGAGGAGAGCACUCGGAACCCCUCACUCAUGAAGCAGGAACGCCGUGUCUCAGGGAUAGGUAAGCCCGUCCCGUGCUCUUCCUCUGGCCCUCCUGUUCACUCUUGCUGCCCCAAGCCGGAGGAGGCCACACCCAGCCCAUCACCUCCACUGAAAAGGCAGUUCCCCUCUGUGGUUGUGACGGGGCACGUGCUCAGAGAGCUCAAGCAAGUGUCUGCUGGCAGCGAGUGCCUGAGCAGGCCCUGGAGAGCCAGAGCCAAGUCUGACCUACAGCUGGGGGGGACAGAAAAUUUCGCUACCCUGCCUCCUACCCGCCCGAGGGCACAGGCUCUUCCCGGGGUGCUGUGGCGGCUGCAGCAAGUGGAGGAAAAGAUUCUCCAGAAGAGGGCUCAGAACUUGGCCAACAGGGAAUUUCACACAAAGAACAUUAAGGAGAAGGCGGCCCACCUUGCCUCCAUGUUUGGACACGGGGAUUUCCCGCAGAAUAAACUCUCUAAAGGCCUGUCUCAUACUCAUCCUCCGUCUCCUCCCUCUCGCCUUCCGUCUCCUGAUCCAGCUGCUUCUUCUCCAACUGCUGACUGUACUUCUCCUGCCAGAAAGGAAAAGAAGUCACCUUCAGGGUUCCAUUUUCAUCCCAGCCAUUUGAGAACAGUGCGUCCUCAGCUGACAGUAGGGAAAGUGUCCAGCGGAAUAGGGGCUGCAGCUGAAGUCCUGGUCAAUCUGUACAUGAAUGAUCACAGACCUAAGGCCCAGGCCACCUCUCCAGACCUGGAAUCGAUGCGAAAGUCAUUUCCCCUGAACCUGGGAGGCAGUGACAUGUGUUACUUCUGCAAGAAGCGUGUGUACGUGAUGGAGCGGCUGAGCGCCGAGGGCCACUUCUUCCACCGGGAGUGUUUCCGCUGCAGUGUCUGCGCUACCACCUUGCGUCUGGCUGCCUACACCUUUGACUGCGACGAAGGAAAAUUUUACUGCAAGCCUCACUUCAUUCACUGUAAAGCCAAUAGCAAACAACGGAAGAGACGGGCAGAGCUGAAGCAACAAAGAGAGGAGGAGGCGACAUGGCAAGAGCAGGAAGCCCCUCGGCGAGACACUCCCACCGAAAGUUCUUGCGCCGUGGCCGCCAUUGGCACCCCGGAAGGCAGCCCCCCAGGUAUCUCCACCUCCUUCUUUAGGAAGGCGCUGGGCUGGCCCCUCAGGCUGCCGAGGGACCUGCGUAACUGGAUGCAGGGACUCCUGCGAGCCAUUGGCCUCCAUGUCAGGGACAAUGCUUACAACUACUGCUACAUGUACGAGCUCCUCAGCCUGGGGCUGCCGCUCCUCUGGGCGUUCUCUGAGGUCCUGGCAGCCAUGUACAGGGAAUCUGAGGGCUCCCUUGAGAGCAUCCGCAACUGGGUGCUCAGGUGCUUCCCAGUCAAGCUCCGCUGACACACCUGGCUGCCCCAAAGUGCCUUCACAUUUCCAGGGUUCAGAUGGCAGUGCGUUGGCAGUUUGCUCAGGCUCUGGCCGGGAAGCCUAGCAUUCUCUAAGCAGUUAGCUCAAAGCCAAAGAGUUUCACGUGGGCCACCUCCGCCUGGCCUUAUCAGGGUGAACAUCUACUCAUGAUGCUAGGGCCAGGGGCGAUAUGAAGGAUCUUUUCUAUAGCUUUGUACUUUUAUAUGUAUACACCAAAGUGAGCCAUAUUUCUGGGUUUACAUUUCAAUUUUUUAAUAAGCCUAGAGAAAGCAUUUUUUAUAUGAGUGUCAGUUUUUCUAAAUAUGGGGGUUUGAGGUUUGCAACCAGCUUUAUAAACCCCUUCAACAUUGCAGUGAGUUGUCAGAGCCACUGCCUGCUGAGUGAAUGAUUUGGGAUUUUACAUACAUGAAAGUGAGUGUGCCACCUCCUGACCAGUGCCUUUUGACUUAGGUGCCCAGAUGCCACUUGUCAGCAGCAGGAUACUUUCUAUAACAUGAAAGCAUAACUAUUUUAGAAGAAGAGAGUAAAGGGCAGAAUAGAAUUCAACCUACAAAAGCACAGAGUAGUGUGUGGUUGGCUGUUAUCUGUCCCCCUGCAGGGAGGACUGUUUUGCUCCCUUGUUUUGAUGUUAAAUAGUAGCUUAAAGGCUUCUCCACCCCAUAUCAAAUCACAGCCAAAUGACAAAGAACCAAGGGUUUCAACAGAUUUUACAAACAUAUAUUUUCCCUUCCCACUAAUGGGCACUGCAGUGCAAGCCCACUGGUGUUUGACCACGGAGCUGAUGCGGUGCUGAAGAUGAGCGCUUUCAGCUGAUGUCAUUUUAGCCCCUGCGGCUCCCAUCAGAUCCUCCAGCCAGGCUGCAAGCUGAGCCAAGGGCAUGCAGGGUCCAUAUGGGUCAGGCCUAGUGGAGUGGAAGACUCUGCCCGCUCUUGUGGUGUCCUUAGAGACUGAGGGGUUUGUUAGCACAUCAGGUUGUUGCUGGGAAGCGUGGCCUGCCCAGUGAGCAUUGCCCGUGGACAUCCUGACUGCUUCGCUGCUCCACAGCCAUGCAUAUGUGGUCAAAACAGAAACCAUUUUAACACUGCCCUGGCAAAGGAAUGGGUCUGACCUCCAGGGGAAGCUCUACUGUAUCUUGACUGACAGGGAGGGCUGGGAGUGGAAGCUGUUUAUGAACUGAUCCAAAGGAAACAUGCCUUAGUAAGGGUAAAAAUGAACAUGUAGGCCCACCUACAUUCCUCACUCUGGGUGUCUGGAAGAGUCCUCAGCUCUCCCUACUCCACGCUGCCUAGACAUACACGGCUGCAGGGUCUGGCUGAACAGUCAAGAGGCUGCCGGAGAAAGGCUGUCUGCAGUGCUCAGUGUAUCUGGAGUUGCUGGACCCAAGAUAGCUCUAUGCAGUUAUCACUAGAGAUGCUUCUGGAUUAACUAAGAGGGGUGCCUGGGUGUGGGUGAGGAGCCAGAGCUCUUGAGAGCUUUGAGAUGAUAAGUUUAUAUGGGAUGGAAAGAAAGAAGGAAGUGCAUUUCUGCAAAUACUUCCCUGAAAUCCUCGGGAAGAACAGAGUCAUGGCCAUGGCCAGCUCUGUGGGAGCUGCCACCUCUGUCCUUGGUGGCACUGUUCUCAGUCCCAUGACUUGCAUUGUGUUUUCUCCAAUUUUUGCUGGGAUUUUAACGUUCAACAUGGUGGGAGGAGUCCUUGAUUCCUUUUGUUUGAUUAUAGAAAGUAAAUUCUCGAGGUCAUGAUGUGAACAGCCAUGUUAUUGUGAUUAUCUUCAGCUCAGGGUAGGCUGAGAUGCUUUGUGGAGUGCUCCAUGAAGCCAGAGUCAGAAUCUCUAAGACUGUCAUGUUCAGCCAUAAGGAGACUGGUUCGAAUUACUGUGGUGAGACAGGGUGUGCCUGUCAGGAGUUUGAGAUGUUGAUAUGUUCUGAGACCUGGAACCUUUCUGCUGGGCAGCACCAACACACAGGGAUGGACCCCAGAGGGUGAGUGCCUCUAGGCCUCCACAACAUAUUUAAGAAUGAGUAGGAGAUGCUAGAGUAAAAAGGGAGCAGAGAGGAUAUUGGGGACAAGUCGCAAACUGUGUGCGUCCACUCUUAUAAGUCAGUAGCUGGUCACAACCAGAAAGGUCCAUCUCUCCUAAGCAAACAGGGACGUUUCCCUUUUUCAAUAAUUGCCUUAUUUUCGACGCCAGUGCCUUCUCAUGAUGUUCAUUUCCUUUUCUCCCCGCACUAAGAUGUCUUUUCUGUCUUUCUCUUUCCAAUCUCACACCAUGGCCAUCAGUUCAUUUCAGCCUUCCAGUGCUACACCCACUUCUUGGCUGACACAUUUCUGCUCUGAGGUGACUGGUUUUCUUGCCAAUUUUCAGAGAGUGGUACUAACCCCCAACCCGCUUUCCGCACCCCGUCCUCCCCGCCAGUGGUACCGGUUGCGCUAACUGUGUCUUGCGUACUGAUGGACUCAUUUGGUGGCAUGGUUGGUUAACAGCAUGGGGGAGGUGUUCAGCUUCAGAGUCAAGUCUGUGUCUAUUUCCCGUGGAGCCGGCAGCCUGGUCAAUCCCAAGUGCAUGUCCCGCCUCUCCUCUCUCCCUCGGGCAUACUUGCGUGCAUGCUUCUCCAGUUGCACCUGCGAAGCCACCUUACUUUCUUGGGAGGGUCGACCCUGAUCUCGUGACGGUACCAUGAGGGGGGCUCUGUCACCUUUGAAAAGAACACUUGUUGAGCAGCCUCGAAAAGUUCAUACACACCAGCCCCUUCUUAAAUUGGCUCUAAUGUUAAGAUUGUUAAUGUCAUUCAUCAGAACCAUAGGUGAUUCUUUGGAGGGAUUUAAAAAACGUAAUUAUUCCCAGGCCUCAUCCCAAGCUUGACCCAUGCUCUGUAGGUUGAACAUGUGAUCACAAAUAUUCCAGCAAACCCUGCCUUGGUUACAGCCUGCACUGUAGAUCAAGGGUUUUGCUGUGGCUUUUCUUAUCUGCUUUGGCUCAUAAAGCCCCAGAUGAUGCCAGAGCUUCAAUUAGAGCCAUCUUCAUCCCAAGCAGGGAUAUCUUUGAGAAAUGACCCACUUCUGCCCCAGACCCCUGUGACUCUGCUUAAAGCACACAUUCCUGCUGACUCUUGUACCUGCGGCAGCAGGAUAGUCACUAACGUGCUCUCAAUGAGAAACAACACACCAAGCACAGUGGAGCUGUCCUAGGCAACUCCUCAGUCUCAGGCUGUGGUGGGCGUCUGUCCUGCACGCAACCCAGACCGCCCUGACCCCUGGGCCAGCCUGCCCAGCCCUGCAUGCUGCAUGCUCGCUGUGUUUGUGCAGAUCUUGGCCAGUACGAAGUUGUUGCUCUUGUCUUAUCUUCUCUUACAGAGUCUCCCUCCCUUUAUAGAAUGUCAACCAAAGAGUGCCCUCCUCCCCCUCAGCCUCCUCUUUAGCUAGCCUCCCCACCUCAUCACUACGCAUGUCUGUGACCUUUGGUAAUCAUUUACAGUGCCACACGGAAUCCUGUAUUUUGCACACAGCAAAACAAUGUUUAGCUUUAUUUAUGGUAUUUGAUGCUGUAAAUGGAAAUAAAUAUUGUUCUUUAUAAAGCUCA